UAGAUUUUGAUUUUAAAGUCUAUCAAGAUGGUUUUAAAAAUAAUUAUUUUGAUCAGUGUAGCAUUUGGUUAUGUUCAUUGUCAAGGUUGUCAAAUAAGAAUAUUUACAAAAUUACCAAAUGAAAACGGACCAAUAUAUUUAAAACGAGAUAUAAAUAAUCAACUUCAUUUUUUACUUCCAACUGAACGUGGAAUUAUUCUAAAUGCUGGCGAAGAAAUUGUUUUGGCAUGUACUGGAAAAAACAAUGGAUUUAAAUUAAGUCCACGAGAUAAUUUGCAAGCCGCUUACUGUUCUCGAGAUACAUAUUUUAAUAUUUUUGGACAAAAUUUACCUAUAGCCGACAUAAAAUGUUUAAAUCCAAUUAUGGGUGAAGUUCGUGACGUAAAUAAGCCUUGCGGUAAAAGUGGCGGCGUUAUUAAACAAAUUGGUUUUGGUGUGCAAAACUAUUGGUGGACUUUAAUUUCGACUUGUUAUGAUCCCAAUAAUGGUGAAGCGAUGUAUGCAAUUCAUACUUUAGUUGGAACAGCACAAAGAGAUACCGAAAAAUUAGGGGACCGACCAUACUUCUCCACAAAUGGUGCAGGACGAGCAACAAAUCCCAUUCGCGCUUAUAGACAACCAAAUCAAAUUGCAACAUUUGACAAAUUGUUAAAUUCAAAUGAUUUGGCUCAAAGAUAUAUUUAUCCCAAUUCAUUUUUAUCUAAGGGACAUUUAGCACCUGUUCGUGAUUUUCCAUACAAGAAUUGGCAAGCAGCCACAUUUCAUUUUAUAAACGUGGCUCCGGAAUGGUAUCAAGUAAAUUCCGGCAAUUGGAAUGAAUUGGAAAUGUUAACACGAUCUGUGGCUAAAAACUAUCGUGCAAACUUUUUAAUUAUUAGUGGAGUACAUGAUUUGCUUCAAUUACCAAAUAGAAACAAUCAAAAUGUAAAUAUUUACUUAGAAUCGGGGUCAAAAUUACCAGCCCCUAAAUAUCUAUGGAAAAUUGUAAUCCAUACACAAACUAAGGAUGGUAUUGUUUUUGUGGCAUUAAAUAAUCCAUUUACAAACAGUGCAAACGAGGAAUCAUUUUGUACGGAUGUAUGUGACAAAGCUGGUUUUGGAUCGAAUUUGUGGAAAAAUUCAACGGCCGGAUUAGUUAAUUGCUGUGAUGUUAAUGAGUUCAAAACGAUCGUGAAGUAUUUACCUAAUUUUGGGCAAGUAAAUGGUUUGCUAAGAAAACUAUGAAUGCAUUCGUAAUUUGAAAUAAUAAAAAAUAAAAAAAAUAAUAAAAAGAC